AUGAGUUGCACUGAUCCUAACGACAAUCUCUUCCCUGUUCUCGUGCUCGCCGGCAGCGACGAAUACGUCAAUGCUUGCACUGCAGGUAACAUCACCUCCAACUCUGCCGCUGUGAGCGCCAUGAAAAAGUGUUGCGGUAGCGCCCCCGUCAAUGUUAUCAUGGACGGUUGCUACAGUUACUGCAAUGUUACUAGCAGUGCUGAUCAACAAGCUUUCGAACAAUGCUUCGGCUCAAGUGCUGGUAUUACAAUAGAUGUCGAUUACGGCUGCACCUUGGAUGACACUUCAGGACAUGAGAUUCCUGGCAGCGGUACCAUCACCCCAAGCUCCACUGGAACAUCAGCUGCAAUUGCCACUCUUGUUCCUAUCACCGUUACUACAUCCUCCGGUUCUACUACCACUACCGCAACUUCUGGUCGAGCCACCGCAACUUCUGGUCAAGCCACCGCAACAGUCGCUGCCAACUCAACCUCGGCCUCUCCUUCUGCCUCUGCCUCCGGCACCGAAAAGCCUUCGACAACCAGCAAGACUUCAGGUUCGGCUUCCUCUUCCGCUGCUACUGCUUCCACCACUGCCAACGCUGGUCCAACCGUCAAGCAAUUCUCCAAGGGUGCUAUGGUCGUUAUCGCACUUGCUUUCGCCCGCCUUUUGGUUUAA